UUUUUUAAUCUUGGUAUUCAAAGCUUAUAUAUAAGUACCAUCUAUUAACUUCCAAGGUCAUUUCCUUAGAUUUAUGCGACAUGGGUAAUUCUAGAAUUAAGCAGAACUCGUCAGUUUCUGAUAAUCUGCUCUCUGUGUUCCUCUUCUCAUGUCUAUUAGUAAUAAUUCCCAAAGCAGCGGCACAGCCACAAAAUAAUCAAAGUGAGUUUCAAUAUGCAAAGCUCAAUCCACCUUUGGCAAUUAUCAUAAUUGUUCUAAUUGCAGCACUCUUUUUCAUGGCCGCUUUCUCCGUUUACAUCCGACACUGUACUCAGUCCUCUACUAGCGGUAGCGUCCGCCGAGCUCUGUCUAUGCGUCGCCGUGCUGCUGCGGCGCGUGGACUUGAUGCAACCGUUAUUGAGACUUUUCCGACCUUUACGUAUGCUGAAGUGAAGGAUCACCAUAUUGGUAAAGGAGCUUUGGAGUGUGCUGUUUGCUUAAACGAGUUUGAAGAUGACGAAACGCUGCGUUUAAUUCCUAAGUGUGAUCACGUUUUUCACCCUGAAUGUAUUGAUGCUUGGCUCCAGUCUCAUGAUACUUGCCCGGUUUGCCGGGCUAACCUCUCCCCUCAACCCGGUGAACCACCGGCCCAAGUUUCCGAGUUGAACCAAGAGGGCCAACAAGAUCCGGGAACUGAGCUUCAACAGCAAAACGAUGAAGUUUCGAUACGCAUAGAGGGUGACGAAGAACAACGAGAACCGGUUCAGCAGCAACAAGAGGAGGGUUCAGUUAGAUCGAGAGUGAAGCGGAAUUUGAGCUUCAACGUGCCGAACCGGGUUCAGAAGCAAGAAGAAGGGGGUUCUUCUAAACCGGGAGUAAAGAGAAACUUGAGUUUCAACGUGCCGAUUCUUUCACCGAGAUCAUUUUCCAUGAAGCCAAGGAUAUUUAGCAAGUUCAGGUCACAUUCUACCGGCCACUCAGUAGUAGUACCGGGUGAGAAUUUGGACCGGUACACUCUAAGGUUACCAGAGGGGAUUCGGAAGGAGGUAAUGAACCGGGCAUUAUUGAACCGGGCUAAGAGCUUUGGAGUUGCCUUACCAAGAGACGGAAGCUCAAGAAAAGGGUACAGAACCGGUACUGGAGAGGGAAGCAGCAGGGGUGCUAGGUCUAACAGACGUAUCGAUCGGUCCGAACUGGAAGGAUAUUCGGACCGGUGGGUUUUCACUAUUGCACCACCAUUCAUUUCUAGAGGCGCAUCAAUGAAAUCACCAAAAGUUGGAGCUGAAACUGGUGAGGGUUCCACCUCUGGAAGUGUGAAAAACGCCGUCAAAUUACCGUCGUUUAAAUGCUUGGAACCAAAAGGUGAUGAAACCUCUUUGAUGUCUGCUGACUCGGCUCGACCUCCGGUUUAGUAAAUCUUUAAUCCGGUUCGAGGUAACCGCUUUUGGAGACGCGUCUGGCGACUUUUCGUGUGCUAUGAAAGAGGACCGUCUUUCUCAUGAUGGGUUGGGCCCCACCUUGCAAGGUAUAAAUGUAUAAUAGUCCAAAGUUAACUUUCAAUUUUACAGGUUUAGUAGAAAAACAUUUUUGUUACUAUUUUUUUUAAUAAAAUAAAAAAUCUUCAAUUUUUUAAUAUUUAUUUUAAGUUUUGUGCAUAUCUAUAGUUGCUGUAAUAAAGAAGUCUCAUGUAUUUUAUUUUAAUUUUUUCCUGAUUGGACAAUGUCCUCUAGUGAUGUAAGUAAGUGUAUUUCUUUUUCUUGAUUUCAUUGUCCAAUUCAACUUUGCCAAAAAAAAAAUCAAAAUGAAAAAGAGUACGAAGUUGCUUUCCUUAUUCUU